UGUAUAUUUUGGGAUCUCGAAUAUACAGCGGCCUUGGGCAACCUUAAUUAAUUAACCCCACCAGGUUUCUAGAUUCUCAGAACUCAAGCACGACAUCUCUUAUCCAAAACUCUGCAUUUUCCCUGCAGUAUGCAGCCUUCUUUGAAACCACGCCGCCAUGCAAGGGUCCCAGAAAACCGUAAGCGAGGCCAAUAUAUCUCAGCGGCGUGUGCAGCUUGCCGCAAAGCCAAAGUUCGUUGUGACGGAAGAACUCCCUGUUGCCACUGCGAGAAGCGUUCCACUCAAUGUCAUUAUCCUCCCUCCAGGGUCCGAAUGUGCAGUGAGGGCAAGAGAGGAGAUAAAAGUCAUUAUGGCCGCAAUAGAUCGCCAAACAAGAACCUCCUUGCGUUGUCUCUGCAGCGACAAGCAACAACACCGCUGGAAGCACAAUCGUCUCUGAUCGAUUCACAAAUGCCGAAUCGGACGGACUGGAAUUCUCAUGGAGAAUACUUUCCGUGUCUUCGGGGUCUCUCUAUGGAAGACGAAAGGAUUUCUGAUGAAGGCAAAGUUGGAUCCGCAUUUUUAUCGUUACCCUUGCCGAGCUUUUGCGGGCCAAGCAGCUCUAGCUUCGGCUUCAGCAUGGCAGAAUUUAUUCUACAACAUCUAAUGGAAGAUUCAGUCUACACCGACAACGAUGGCAGAUCUGCAUUGGCCAAAAUUCAAGUCUCUAGUGAUGACAGAUCUUGUCUCAACUCCGAGCAGGCAGUCCCGUCUCCAACAAACUUCGAUCUUUGUCAAACCAUGGAGCUUGAGGAAGCCCUUCGUCUUCUUGGUGUGUAUCAUGAAGUUUUUGGCAUCUUGCAUCCGUUUCUGGACAUGGCAACGCUGCGUCGGCAAGCCAACGUGCUUUGGGGAGCAUUAAAACCCGUUCCAUCCAGUCAACGGACUCUAUAUCCACCAAGUCAGGAUAAUGAAGUAGUGAAACUGGCUAUUGCAAUCGCGUUACUUUGCGAGAGUGGAGGCUGUCACCCCACCGCCACUGGGAUAUACCAAAGCAUGCAAGCUAUAGUCGUCCAGAGCGUUUUAGGGUUGUCGUUCGAUCUGGGACGGCUGGUGUUGUUAGUUCUCAUUGGGGUUUAUCACUGGUACCAGGGCGAUUAUCGACUAAGCUCCAGAUUUUUGGCCGUCGCAGUCCGACUGAUAUUCGAAACUGGGAUGCAGAAAAAGCAAAUAUUGCUGCGACACUUUCCUCUGAAAUCCGAAAGAGAAAUGGCCACUUUACUGGUGUAUACAUCCAUUGUAUUAGAUCACCAGAUGAGCUUUGCUGCGGGCUUACCUACCACAUUCAGAGACAGGAAUAUCGAAAUACCCGACGUUUCUGAUAGUCCAUAUCUCAGAGCAAUGACCUCAUAUGUUGACUUUGGAUCACGCCACUGGAACUCGGUGGUUGACAACCACGGGGAGAUCAAGGCAGCUUUUGAUGAUGAAGCUUUUGAUCGAUUAGACGACGAAGUCAAUCGAUGGCCAAAGACGUUUUGUUUUGAUUUGCAGCCUCAGAAUCUUGAAGCCCGUUUGCUCCAAUUUGUCUCUGGCGAAGUUCCGGACAAAGCCCGCGGUCCAUUGAUCGCAAGCACCAUACUCUAUCUUCGAGCCAACCAGAUUCGCAUUCUCGUCAUGCGACCCAUUUUGUUCUCGCUGCGUAGCAUUCUCAAUCAUAGCCAUCGUGUGGCUGGCUUGAUAGAGAUUGCGCAAGAUACUAUCCACAAACUGGUUCAGCUCGAUCGGUGCAGUGACUUAUACAGAAAGCACCAAGUAAUAUUGAAUCACUUCCUCUCCUCGGCAACAUCAGUUUUCUUUCUUGCCUUGGCGCAGCGUGGUAGGCUAGAAAAGCAGGGGAUAGAUCACACCGCGUCGACAUCGCUUUCGCUAACUUCGCUGAGAGAAACCCUAUUUAUGGCUUUUGAUCUUAUCCGAUCCUACAGCUCUAUGUCUCCUGCCUCACAGCGUCUUUGGGACAGCUUCUCAGUUCCCAGAAGCCUCUUGAUCACGUACGGGUUACUAAAGCGGCCUAGCAGCCAUGAUGACGAGAACAACUUAUUUGACGACGUACAUUCUUCAAAUUUCUCAAAUAUUCUAGUGGAUCUAGAACCUGCUGAAGAAGCUUGCGUUGCAGAUGCGGAAAGUGUUUUGCAGUCGGAACUUCCUACCGCAAACUCUACUACGGAUCAUGUCAUCAACGCACCGCAGGAGGAGUUUUGCAUUUCCGACUUUCUAAUAGACUCAAGAUACGAAGCCUCACCAAAUAUUGAAGGGGAUUUGUUUUACUCAGAGGAAAACCAAGAGGAUCUCUUAAAUAAUCUGUUUCAGUAGGCACAAUAAUGAGCAAAUCGUAAUAUUCUUUAACUAUAUUCUAC